AUGUCGUCGCAUCCCAGCCCAUCGGGCGUGGCCCCCUGGAAACGCACGUUCCAAGAACACCUCGACAAAGCCGGCGGCGCAGGAUUCGAGUUUACUCUAGCGACCGUCAGCGAGACGGGCCUCCCCAGGGCGCGGACGUGCAUCUUCCGCGGCUUCUGGGCCACGCUGCCGGAGAACGAGCACAACAAACUGCCCAAGAACCCGCCGGUGUUUGAGAGUGACUGUCCCACAUUCACCACGGACGCGCGCAUGCGCAAGACCUUUGAGUUGUUCGCCACGGGCAAAGGGAAAGGGGACCUCGCGCAGUCUCGCUCCGGCUCGGGGGGCGGGGGGCCCGUGGAGGCGGUCUACUGGGUCAAAGACACAAAGACGCAGUGGCGCAUACGGGGGAAGUGCUGGCUCGUCGCGGCGGACGACGUGGAAGGUGGUACGGAGGAGGCACAGAAUUCCGGGACGGUGACCGUCAAGGCCGAGGUGGGACGAUACAUGCGCGUCCGUGAAGAAGACCACGACGAGCAAAAGAAAAGUGACUGGUCCUGGAGACGCGAGGUGGAGAAUUACUUUGAAAACCUGUCCCCGAUCAUGAGGGGUUCGUUCAAGAACCCGCCCCCGGGACAGCUGUUGUCGGAGGGAAGGGACGAAAGCGCCGGAGAGGCGCUGGGUCAGAAAGCAGGACACUUGUCGGAGGAGGCGCUGGCGAGGAAGAACUUCCGCGUCGCCAUCAUCACGCCCGAGCAGGUCGAGGCGGUCGACUUGACGGAUCCGACAAAGGCCACCAGGCAGGUCUGGACGCUGGCGCAGGAGGUAGGUGGUCCUGGAGGGCCUCAGCCGAGUGACUCGAUAGGGGAGUGGAAUAAGGUCGAGACGUGGCCGUGA